AUGAAAUGUUUUGUCAUUGUAGAUGCACAAAAGGACUUUCUUCCCAUGGGGUCCUUCAAUUCUCGAAAAGAUUAUAUUGACGCACUGAAUAAAAUUAACUCAAUAAGACUAAAACUACACAAUUGCAAUGAAGCAGAUUUAAUAAAAUUAAAAGACUGUAAACAUAUGAUGCAAUAUCAACAAGAUAAAUUAUUGAAAGAGAACAUUGUCGAAUAUUACCAAUGUAGUAAUGAUAUAGAUGAUCAAAGGAUGGAAGAGGACAUCCUACUCUUUCCACCUGACAGUGAAAUGGCGAUUAAUGACCUAUAUGCGUGUAAUGGGUUACACAACAAAUCUGCGAACACGGUAGUAAACGGGAUGAAAGGCAUUUACAAUGCUCAUCACAGCAGUAAUUGCCAUACAAGGGAAGAGGUACGUCAAAAAAACGUUAAAAAUGAUUCACUGUGCGAUGUUCAGAAUAGCUUUCAUCAUGAUAUGCACAUGAGUAAUAAUCACCUAAAGGAACAUGGUCCCAUUGUGGCAGAAAUUGAAGCAGUUAUAAAAGGGGUAAAAGAAAAACCAAGUCGAGUAAGAACGAACUUUGUCAUGAAUAUUUUAUCAGUAGAUUAUCACCCACAGUAUCAUGUUUCUUUUGCUGAAACACAUAGAACCGUUUACGAGCAAAUAAGUAAAAAUUGUGGUGUAAAUAAGAAUAACACGAAAAUGAAUGGAAAUGGAACAGACAUGGCAUCCUUUACUGAACCAAUAGCAUUAUUAGAGGGAGAGGAGCAUCUACCCAAAGACAAAACAUAUGAAGAAAAAGAAAAAACAAAACAUAAUGAAGAAGUGUGUGAAAAUAAUAAUGAGGACGAUGACAUCCAAUCAACGUUUCUGAAAAAACAUAAAAUUUCCAAUCUAACGGAUGUAAUAAAAAACAUAAGAAAUAUUACAUCAACCAAGUAUAUCUACAAAAAUGUCAAUUCAUUAAAUGACAUAAUGGAAUAUAGCAAGCUAAACUUCUUAAACGAAGUGAUAGAUGUGUGGCCAGUUCACUGUGUUAGAGAUACUCCUGGAUGUAAAAUUCACGAAAAGUUAUUUAGACAUAUCAACGAUAUUGUUAUUAAAAAAGCCGACACAGAAAAUCAUGAUAGUCAUACCAUAUUUGAAAAUAAUACAAUUAAUCACAAAAUUUUAAAAUUAUUGAAAGAAAGAAAUGUAAAAUCGGUCUACAUUUGCGGUUUUAUAUUCGAAUACUGUGUUAAAGAAACAGCUUUAUCCUUUUUGAAUCAUGGAUUUGAAACUUACAUCGUGGAAGAUGCAACGGCAUACUUACACGGAAGACAAGAAGAUAAAGAAAAUAUAAGGAAAAAGGGUAUACACUUUGUAAAUUCUUUAACCAUGUUUCUUUGA